AUGACUUCAGCCCAGAGGCCUCAUCAGGAGGAAGCGACAUUCCGCAACUACGAUACCUCGGCUGCGAAACGAUAUGCUCAGUACCGGAGUGGUUGGUCUGACUCCCUCAUCCAGACGCUCAUCUCGCAACACACUUCCUUCGGUGGCGAGAACGGCCUCCUCUUGGACAUCGGCUGUGGCCCGGGCAAUUCUACAAGAGACCUUGCCCCGCAUUUUCAGAGCGCUCUGGGGGUCGAUCCUUCUCCAGGCAUGGUUGAGGUUGCUCGCGGUAUCCCCAUCUCAACGGCUCGCGGUGAGCCCGUAAGAUACGAAGUCGGGAAAGCGGAGGAAAUGAGCUCUCUUCCGGCUUUGGCGCAGCUCAGUCCCGAGAGUCAUGGGAAAGAAUGUGUGGAUCUUAUCACCGCCUCGACUGCUGCACAUUGGUUCAACAUGCCGCCAUUCUGGGCGGAGGCGGCCAAGAUCUUGAAACCGGGUGGGAGCGUGAUUCUCUGGUGUGCAGGUGGCUUCUACAUUGAUGCUAAUAAUACACCGAAUUAUGACAAGGUUAGACAGCUUCUUGAUCGUUUCGAAUUGGAAGUGCUCGAGCCAUUUUCUACUGAAGGAAACGUCCUGUGCAGGAACCUUUAUGUCGGACUAAAAUUACCAUGGGAUUGCGUGAAAGAUGACCAAGAACUGAAGGAUGUCCUGGAAGUAUUCGACCCCAAGGACUUUACAAGGCUGGAGUACAACAAGGACGGUUACGUUGCGCCAGGAGAGUCGUUCGUGCGAGGCGGUCGGUCUGACUUUGACACGAUGAAGAAACUCAUGGGCACAGCUAGUCCGGUCCAGAGGUGGCGGGAAGCGUACAAGGAGCAGUUACAGAACGGACAAGUCGAAGAUUUGCUGGACAAGGUGAUGAGAGAAAUCAAAGAGCUUUUCGCCGAGGUCGAGGAGGGAAAGGAUAGGGAUUGGAUGGAUGUUGGUAGUGCUGUUGCUGUGCUCGUUGUCAGAAAGCGGAGGUGA